AUGGGUUAUCCUAAGCAUAAAUGGACACCAGAAGAAGCAGCAGCUCUUAGAGCUGGAGUUGUUAAGCAUGGGGCAGGCAAGUGGCGUAAGAUACAGAAAGAUCCAGAAUUUAGUGGUGUCUUUCUGGACAAGUGGAGAAAUAUGAGUGUGAUGGCAAAUGGAUGGGGUUCUCGAGAGAAGGUGAAGCCAGCACUUAAAAUGAUGCAUCAGGCCCCUAAACAGGAAGGGAACCUUAUGGCCAGUAGACAUUCUUUCAGGGAGGGAGUAUUGAAUUUGAUUCUGAUGAUAAUAGGUCUGACAGGAGAUUCGAAACCCGGUUUAUAUCUUGCUGGAAGUUCAACUUUCAAAGAUGACCAUUCUGAAUUUGGUGAUCUGAGAUAUCAGAGAUUGCAAGACACAGUCAUGGAGUGGUUGGUAGCUUUGAAGAUGGAUCAAGAGAGGCAGUGGAGAGUCAAAAGAUGA